AUGUUCGCCAUUUUUAAUCCCUAUUUCCUUUCUUCGCUUGUUUAUCUGUUAUCUUUAUUUUUAGCCAUUACGUCUUUUACUUUAAUCUAUCUAUCUAUCUAUCUAUCUAUCUAUCUAUCUAUCUCUAUCUAUCUAUCUAUCUAUCUAUCUUUGUCUUCCGCUAACCAUUACUGUACCGUGCCUCCUAUCUAUCUAUCUAUCUAUCUAUCUAUCUAUCUAUCUAUCUAUCUAUCUAUCUAUCUAUCUAUCUCAGUCUGUUCCUAUCUAUCUAUCUAUCUAUCUAUCUAUCUUGAUAUCAGAAAGAGGUACCAGCUGAUCAGUCAGCUAAUCGUAGACAUCGGACGACAAUUGAAAACAUGUGGAAAAGUUCCAAUUAACCUGCUUUUGAUAGGUAAGCAUUUAACACAUCUAUCUAUCUAUCUAUCUAUCUAUCUAUCUAUCUCUGUCCCCCUCAUUUUCCACUUUGUCUCAAUUUUCCACAUCUAUCUAUCUAUCUAUCUAUCUAUCUAUCUAUCUAUCUAUCAGCAAAACUACCCUCUUUCUUCAUUUCUAUCUCCUCACUCCUUCGUUUUGUUCACUCUUUUAACUUUUCAUUGUCCGCACCUCUCCGUCUCUUUACUUCCCCCAGCAAAAUCUUUCGCCCACAUUCUUCUCCCUUGUAAACUCGUCUUCCUUUCUCGCUCCUCGUCCAUCCUUAUACCAGUGAUAUCCCAUAAUUCCCAGUGCCAAAAGGCACACGCAUGCGUAUAUUACCACCAGCAAACUCCCGACGCCCCAGAUGCACUCUCUUCUACUUGUUUAUCAAGUAACAGUUCAUAUGAUUAUCUAUCUAUCUAUCUAUCUAUCUAUCUAUCUAUCUAUCUAUCUAUCUUUGCAGAACAAGAAUAA